GAGUUCAGGUAGUACCUUUAGAUAAACGAAAUAAUGAUAAUACAGAACUUAUUCAAAGAAUAAAUUUCUUGUGUGCAGUAUGUCGUUAAAACUAUUGUUUUUCUGUGCCUUUAUACAAGUGGCAUGGUUGGAGAUUGUGGAUAAAAGGAUUCUUUUAAAUGAUCCUGGUCAAAUCGAACAGAGGCUUCGUCAUCUUGAACUCGAGGUACAAACACUGAAGACUGAAAACGAAAACUUAAAAGGACGACUUGAUCUACGAGAGACCUUUCAAAAAGGUGGUGUUGCUGUAUAUACAAGAUGGGGACGAAACGACUGUCCGUCCAACGUAUCUGAGGAAGUAUACUCAGGAUAUGCUGCAGGUGGAUGGUGGAACGAUAAAGGAAGUCCUACAAACUAUUUAUGUCUUCCACCAGAUCCUAUAUCCAGCGGUAAAUCGGUAUCAUCUGGUUGCAAUCAUCUUUUUGGCGUGGAAUAUGAAUCAGGCUUUUGGGGACAACAUUCUCAUAACGAAGAUGCUCCAUGCGCAGUAUGCUCAAGCACUUCUGGAUCUAAAAUCCUCAUGAUUCCUGGAAGGGAUAGAUGCUACCCUGGGUGGACCGAGCAAUAUAAUGGCUAUCUUGGUACCAACAGACUUGAUUACACCGGAGCUACGGAGUAUGUAUGUGUUGAUCACCAUCCACAGUACCUUAAUGGAGGAGAACGUGGAACUGACGGGGCCUUGUUUCAUCCAGUCACGUAUCAAUGUGGAGCUUUACAGUGCCCACCAUAUACCAGCAAUGAAGUGGUCAAUUGUGUUGUUUGUACAAAAUAAAAUGAAACUACUGUAA